ACUUUUCAGAAUAGUUUGUUCUCUGUAUUUGUUCAUGAAUUCGUUUGAUCUCACAUUGCUCGUCUGUUUAUAACAGGAUCUAAAGGUUAUUAUAAACUGAUAUUUGCACAGUAAAAAAAAAAUAGAUAAACAAAAUUAAUUGGGAAAUUGUUGCAUUUUAUUUAACAGCACAAUACAUGUAAUUUUACACUAAAAUACUGUAAAAGUAAAUAAAUAAUAAAACAAAAUCUGAUUUACCAUACACAGUACUUAAGGGUGAAAAAUGACAUUAUGUUUAACAAGGCAAUACAUGUACUUUUACUGUAAGCUUAAAAUAAUGGUUAAAAAUUAUAGUUUGUCAUUUCCAGAAAUCCCUCCAUGACUAAUCACAUUUAAUUAGAUUUUAUAGAUUAUAUUUUGUCUAAAUAUAAAACCGUGAACCUGUCAAAAUAUACAGGCACCAAAAUUACAUCCUGUAAUAACAGUAACAUUGUCACUGUACUUUUUACUGUGAAUUUCUGGCAACCACAGGUGCCAGUUUUUACCGUAAUUUGAACAGCAUUUGUCUUACAGUUUUGUUUUAAGGAUGUUCAGAUAUUUUUAUUGGAAAACAAGACACAAAUACUAAUUAAGGAAAUAUUUUUUGCAAUGUGAAUUAAUAAAAAGAUGUUUUAGAUUAAAAUGAAAUACAGACUGUAAACAUUAGCACAUUCAUUUUCGCUGUUCCACUGGAUAUUUAAAGCAUUUACACACACACAGAAAACACUUUGAGUUCUGAACCGAAUAGACAUUGAUGUUUCGAGCUAUCUGGAAUUUCAGCAGCAAAAAAGGAAAGCAAAUUUAUCUGGGAAGACCAAGAUAAAAAUGACAGAGAGUUUCACACACAGAGAAAGACUUUUCUCCUGGUCUCCAUAAGGGGAAAUAUGAGAGACACCACAAUUGCAUAUUGUAUUUAAAUUUUAUUUUUUUCUAGGUGAAAUUUUUUUUUUAAAAAUAAUAAUAAUAAUAAAACUAUUAAUUAAUUUAAAUGAUAUAUGAUUGAUUAAUGAAAACUUACAAAAACGUAUGAAAAUUGCCAUGUUUUUUUGUGCAUGUGCCACAGUAUAACCAUGGCAUUCUUUGACAUUCCUUUAAGUUUAUAUACCAUUGGUACAUAUAUAUGAUAAUCAUUCAAUACCAUGGCAAAACAAUCUCAUGCCAACACUGUACCAUGGUACAGCCACAGCAGUGUUUUGAAAAGGAUGUUAUAUUUUCCACUACAUUUGACAGAAUACACAUGCAACAUCAUGCCUAUCCCCGUCUACGCUUAAAUGUAUUGUAAAAACUCACAGCUCAACUCACAAUAAUUAAAACACACGUUCAUUUACCAAAGUGGUGCAGUGUAAAUGACCUUUUCAACUGCUCUGAAUUUUUCUGAAGUAAAUCUGAUGAUUAAAUGGAAGGAAACAAAGGUGUUGUUUUAAUUAUUUUUUACAGUGCACUCUUAAAAAAUAAAACGGCUUUAUGACCUGAUGCCAUGGAAGAACCUUUAUAACUUUUUGUUUCUUUAGAAAACCGUCUUUGUAUUAGUGCUUUGGUCAACAUGAAAUCAAAAUUGAUGUUUACUUUGUUAAAACAUGAUCCUGUUCAUAUUGUUACCCAUGUUAAUAACAGCAGAUAUGAUCAUGCCAGCCAUAAAAGCAUUUAUAUUUUAAAAGUAUAGACCGAAAUAAUGUCUCAUUUGUCUCUCAUAAAUUUCUCUCUCUGUAGUGUGUGAGCGGAUAUGAGGUGUGUUCUGCUUGUGUUGAAGGUUCUCCUGUCUGUGCUGUGCAGUGAGAUGUUUGUGGUUCAGGCUGUUUGUCCUCAGGUGUGUUCCUGCAGAGGUACUGUGGUAGACUGCAGUAAACGCGGCCUCACCACGGCAACCCUGCCCUCCUCUUUCCCUCCACACACCACUGAACUCCAUCUGAAUGAUAAUCACCUGACUUCACUGCCCAAUGCUCUGCUGGACUCACUGUCUGCCCUGCGCCAGGUGGUUCUCCAUGGAAACCCGUGGUCGUGUGACUGCGGUGUCCUCUACCUGAGAGGAUGGCUUCUGAAACAGAGAAACAAUGAUUUGAUACGGAAUGUGAGCUGUAGUUCUCCUGCACACCUGCGGGGGCGUCUGGUGGUGUUUCUGGUGGAGAAGGAGGUUUUGGAAUCAUGUCAUUAUUGGCUGUGUAAUUUAGCUCUGGCCUCUCAGAUCAGCCUUUUCAUCUUCAUCACUGUUCAAGUGCUCCUCCUUGCCACUGUCAUCCUCUUCCUCCGACGGUUUGACCGGCUCACUCGAGAGGCUCGCCGCACGGCUGCAGAGACAUUCACAGCAGAAGAUGAUGCUACUCAGAGCAAUGAAUAUGUCAUGUUAAAACACAGGGACAUGUAGGACAAACAAAUUUGCUCAUUUAAAGAUUAAAAUAGUUUGCACUAUUUAUAUUAAAUUAUCAUUUAAAGUGUUUAUUUUGGCCACUUAUUCCUUUUUGUCAUUAUGCAUCAAAAGUAGACCCAAUUAUUGAAAUAUAAACAAAUCUUGUUUUUUUCUCUUGAGCCAUUUGCCUAUAGAAUUGUAAUAUUUACUGUAAAUUGUACUAAUCAUGGAAAAUGAUUCUUUAUAGUUGUACUUUGUGAAAAAAAAACUUUAUUGUAAACUAUACAUCGAUCCCUUUGUCAUGAUGAACUCGUUGUUUAUCAAGGUAGAGUAGACCAUAUAAAACACCAAUUAACAUGAACUUAUUAUAUAUUUUAAUGAUGCAAAUUUUAAUAUGUGUUUAAAACUUUUUGUAUUACUGUCUGUCUUGACCAGGACUCUCUGUUAAAAUAAAUGUUAAUUAUUAAAGGAUUAACCUGGUUUAAAAUUAUUUAAAUGAAUACAUAAAUACAAAUUGUAACUUUCCAAAUUACUGAUAUUAGACUACCACUCAAAUAAAAAUUAAGUGAGGGAUAAAACUCACUCAAAUGGGAGCUUUUAAACAGUAUUUGAUCAUUUGUUAGGCAGACAAGCAGUCUUUCUUUCUUCUGCAGAACACAAACAAAUAUUUUUGAAGAAUAUUUCGGCUCUGUAGAUCCUCACAAUGCAAGUGAAUGGUGACCAAAAUUUUGAUGCUCCAAAAAAGCACAUAAACAGAUCAAUAUUAAAGUCAUUUAUAAAGUCAUUUUUUACCUUAAAUCUCCACUUUCACUUUCACAAUCUUCUUUUUUGUUUUUGGCCUUUCACAUUUUUCGUGCAUAUCACCACCUACUGGGCAGGGGGGAGAAUUUAAAGUAUAAAAGGUCUUAAAUGUUGAUCUGUUUCUCACCCACGCCUAUCAUAUCGCUUCAGGAGACAUGGAUUAAACCACUGGAGUCUUAUGGAUUACUUUUAUGCUGCCUUUAUGUGCUUUUUGGAUCUUCAAAGUUCUGGCCACCUUUCAGGUAUAUUGUAUGGACCUACAGAGCUGAAAUAUUCCUCUAAAAAUCUUCGUUUGUCUUUCUGCAGAAGAAAGUUACACAUCUGAGAUGGCAUGAGGGUGAAUAAAUAAUGAGAGAAUUUACAUUUUUGGGUGAACUGUCCCUUUAAUUAUGUGGCCUAUUUUAUUUGAAUUAUUUAGGCUUUUAUUAUCUAUUUGGAAAUAAUUUUACUACACAACAUCACUACAAGAUCCGCACGUGAGUUCAGAAAAUUAUUCUGUACGAGACAGUUAUGGGGAAAAUGUGAAAACUUUUUUUGAAAUAAAAUAUUAAAUAAUAAUAUGUAUUUUUGAUGAACUUGA